CGGCCGCGCGCUAGGAUGCUGCGCCAGGUGUUGCACGCGGGCCUGAGGAGCUCCUUCCACGCGCUGGGCCGAUUCGUGGCGAGCCACCCGGUGUUUUUCGCCUCGGCGCCCGUGCUCAUCUCCAUCCUGCUGGGCGCCAGCUUCAGCCGGUACCGCGUGGAGGAGAACGUGGAGAACCUGCUCGCGCCCAAGCACAGCCUGGCCAAGAUCGAGGGCAACCUGGUGGACAGCCUGUUCCCCGUGAACCGCUCCAAGCACGCGCUCUACUCCGACCUGCAGACGCCGGGCCGCUACGGGCGCGUGAUCAUCACCACGCGCAAGGGCAGCGUGCUGGAACCGCUUCACCUGGACACCAUCCUGAAGUUACACAGGCGGAUCUACCAGAUGCAGGUGACAGUCCCGGCCACCGGCUUCAACAGCUUCAACUACUCCUUCUCCUACCUCUGCCUCCCCGACGACAAGAACAUCUGCAUCAUCGAUGACAUCAUCCGCGCCAUGGAGGAGAUCCAAUCGGCCCGCGCCUCCAACCGCUCCGUCCCCGUCCUGCGCUACCCAAUCACGCGGCUGGCCGACGGGCGCCAGGCGUACAUCGGCCACCAGCUGGGCGGGGUGCAGGGCUGGGGUCCUGGCGGGACGGUGCGGGGUCCCGGGACGGGGACCAGAGGAGAAGGGGUGCGUUCAGCCCGGGCGCUGCAGCUGACCUACUACCUCCAAGCCCGUGGCGGUCUGAUGGACAGGGUGGCCGGCCAAUGGGAGAAGGCCUUCUGCGCCGAGUUACAGCACUUUUCGGCGUUGCACCCUAAGCUGGCGCUGUACCCGUCCACCUCUUCUUCUCUGAGGACAGACUUCCAGUUCUCCUCCGUGCUGGCGCGCCGCCCCCUGUUGGCCAGCUUGGGGGCGUGCAGCGUGCUGGCUGUGCUGUGCUGCUCGAUGAGGGACUGCGUGAGGUCCAAACCCUGGCUUGGCCUGCUGGCGCUUCUGUCGAUCACGCUGUCCGGCCUGACCGCUGCAGGGAUACUCAACCUGACCGGGGCCACCUACAACUCCACGUACCUGGGCAUCCCCUUCAUCAUGCUCGGUCACGGGCUGUUCGGCUCUUUCGAGAUGCUGUCGUCGUGGAGACGGACGCGGGAGGACCAGCACGUGAAAGAGCGCGUGGCCGGCGUCUUCGAGGACGUCAUGCUGCGCUUCUCCGGCUCCACCAUGCUCCACCUGAUGACCCUGGGCCUGGCCGCCUCGCCGCUCACCAACAUGGAGGCCGUGCGGCUCUUCUGCCGCACCGCCGCCCUCGCCGUCACCGUCAGCUACGUUUACACGCUGUCCUUCUACAGCUCCUGCCUGGUGUUCACCGGAUACUUGGAGACCGGGUACCGGCACGGCUGCUUCUGCCGGCGCGUCCCCAAACCCGACCGCUUGGACUCCAAGCCGGCCUGGUACAGGUGUCUCAUGUACACGCGCUACCAGGAUGAGACGCAGACGCCGAACCAGCCACACGGGGUCAGCCACGGUCACACGCACACGUCCAACGCCAACCUGAUGCACACGCACGCACACGCACACACACACGCGCACACUGCAAACAACCCUGUCACCCACGGGCACAGUCACGUGGCCAACCCGGCACACACACACGCACACCCUCACGCGCACGCUCCGGUCUGCCCGGACCCGCAACCUCAGGACUCUCACCUGUUGCUGGGGUGUGUGCGGCGUUGCUAUGGAGACUGGAUCACCAACACCUAUGUCAAGCCGUUUGUGGUUCUGCUGUAUCUGGUCUACAUCUCCUUUGGCUUGAUGGGCUUCUUACAGGUGACCCAGGGUUCAGACCCCAGUGCACUGGUUGCCAUGGAUACAGCAACAGUACUGUACGCCCGUGCCCAGCAGCGUUACUUCAGCUCCUACUCCCCUGUUAUUGGAUUCUACAUCUAUGAAAGCGCCCCCUACUGGAACGUGUCCGUACAGCGAGACCUGCUAGAAUAUGCCAAAGGCUUCCAGCGAAUCAGCUGGCUGGAAUCCUACCUGAACUACCUAUCGGAGCGCAACCAGUCCACCAGCCAGUCGCGGGAAAACUUCACACGCACGCUCCGCCACUCCUUCCUGCGCGAGCCCCAGUACGCCCACUUUGCCGACGACAUCAUCUUCGCCGAGCGCGGCCAGGGCGAGGAGCCCGACGUGGCGGCGUCCCGCGUCUUCCUGGUCGCGAAGACGACGGAGAACAAGCGCGAGGAGAUGUCGGUGCUGCUGGACACGCUGCGGCGCCUCUCGCUGACCUCGCGCGUCCGCUUUCUCAUCUUCAACCCCUCUUUUGUCUACCUGGACCGCUACGCCGCGGCGGUCAGCUCCCCCCUCAGACACUCCCUGCUGGCGGUGCUCUUCCUGCUGGGCCUGUCCUCCCUGGCCGUGGUGGAGCCGCUGGUCUCCGUGUGGCUGGGCCUCACCCUGCUCUCCGUGCAGUUCGGAGUGCUGGGCUUCAUGACCCUGUGGGGCGUGGAGCUCGACUGCAUGUCCGUGCUGUGCUUGAUCUCGGCGCUGGGGCACUCGGCGGACUGCAGCGGCCCCCUGCUGUGCGGCUUCGCCUCGGGCCGGGGCGAAAGCAGGACUCGCUGGGUGAGAGUGGCGCUGGAGAGACACGGCGUGCCCUCGCUACAGACGCUCAUCUGCUACAGCGCCGCCCUGGUGCCCGUGGGCUGCAUACGCUCCAACCUCACGCACACAAUGUUCCGCUGCCUCACCCUCACCGCCGGCUGCUCGGUGCUGCACACGCUGGCCUUCCUCCCCACCCUCCUCACCUUCCUGCCCCCCUCCAAGGCCCGGGGCCACCGGCCGGGAGGGGAGGGGCUCCGACAGGAAGUGGAGUGCGUGGAGAUGAACGACAGCACACGGGUGGUUGAUCAGAUCACCACUGUCUGACGGAGAACGGGAUGUUGUUAUGGCCCCUCGGUUGCCAUGGUGACCGCCAGCCGGGGAUUGGUUCAUUGCAGUCUGAGCAGCCACUAAGCAUGCUGCAGACGAGAACACUGAUCCCUGUGGAGAGAGAGAGAGAGAGAGAGAGAGAGAGAGAGAAAGAGAAAGAGAGAGAUAAAGAGAAAGAGAGAGAGAGAGAUAAACAGAGAAGGAAGUUGAGAAAGAGAAGGAGGAAGCAGGAAAGAGUGGGAGGGUAGUAAAGACGGAGAAAAAGAGACGGAUAUCCAAUGCAGUGUAUCCAUGGUUACCUGCUUGUUGCUAGUGUUGUGUGGCAUAUUAAUGAGCUCUUGUCCAAGCAGCCAAUCGGGAGUUAGGAAUCAGCUGAGGUCAGUCCCGGACGUCACGUUCCCACAGAAUAAGUGCCGCACCUUUCACAUCCCAAACUCGCUUUAGAUCUGAUCACAUUGUUUGGCUACUGCUAUCUAUUUGCCGGUAUCAAGUUGCACAACCACAGCUACAAUGAAAUGAUUCUAUGAUCUGUAUGAUCUGAGUCUUUAUACUUUAAUGCUGGAUAA